UUGUAUAGCACCGCAACCAUAAAUGCACCGCAACAGCUGCUCAGCGCUCGCAAUGGCGCGUGUGCUGCUGGUCGCGCUGCUGGGUGCCGUCACAGCCCGGCCGGUGAGCGAGGAGGAUCAGCGGCUGCAGCUGCAGCGGCCGGACCCAUCCUACGCCGACCGGCAGCAGCAGGGGCAGCCCUCUCAGCCGCGCGCCGCUCGCUCCAGCGUCACAAUAAACGGCUCGCCGGUGGGACCCUCGGGUCGCGCGCCCGCGGGCGGUUCGGUGGCGGCGCCCGAGCCGCCCGCGCCCACCGCCUCCAGCUAUGAGCUGGGCGUGCUGCGAGCCAUCAAGGACAGCAUCACCAAUUGGAAUGAGGCGGCCCUCAACAACGGCUAUUCGGGCUGGGACGACAGCUCGCCCUGCAGCGGCUGGACGGGCGUGCAUUGCGACCGGGACGGCCACAUUGUGGAGCUAAUCAUCGUGUGCACACAGCCGCCCUGCUUCACUGGCACGCUCACGCCCAUCUACGCCAACCUGAGCCGCCUCACCAAACUGGACUUCUACACCUCCAACCUCAACGGUCCCCUGCCCGAGAUCUGGGCCCAGCCCGGCGUGUUCACCUCCCUUUCCUUCCUGCGCCUGUCCUUCAACAAUGCCAGCGGCAGCCUGCCGGCCUCGUGGGGCAACCCCGGCGCCUUCCCCAAGCUACGGUCCCUGUUCCUGAACAACAACCACCUGAGUGGCGAGCUGCCGCCGCAGUGGGGCCAGUCCGGCGCCUUCCCCUCCCUGGAGCUGUUGUUCCUGGGGGAUAACGACUUCACGGGCUCACUGCCCGGCGCCUGGGGCACCACCGGCGCCUUCCCGCACCUGUCGCUGCUGUCAGUCAUCUCCAACCGCCUCACCGGCAGUCUGCCGCCCGAGUGGGGCGCGGAUGAUGCAUUCCCGCAGCUGCAGGACCUUAUCCUCAUGGACAACCGCAUCAACGGGCCUCUACCAUCCGGCUGGGGCAGCAGCGGCGCGUGGAGGAACCUGACUGGUCUGCUCGUGGCCUUCAACGAGAUCAGCGGCAGCCUGCCGCCGGAGUGGGGCGGAUCGGGGGCGUUUCCCGCGCUAGGAGACCUGUACCUGCACCGCAACCGGCUGAAUGGCUCGCUGCCUCAGUCCUGGGGCCAGCCCGGCGCGCUGCCCAACCUGCGCUGGCUGUCAGCAUUCGAUAACCAGCUGUCAGGCUCACUGCCCUCCUCGUGGGGCGGCCCCUCGCCGCUGGUGCUUCCCAACCUGCGCAACCUGUUUUUGUCCAACAACAACUUCAGCGGCUCUUUGCCUGUGGACUGGGGCCGGCCGAACGCCUUCCCGCAGCUCCGCAACCUGGACUUGUCCGUGAACUCGGCCCUGGUGGGCCCCCUGCCUGACAACUGGGGCCUGUCCAGCGCCUUCCCCUCGCUGCAGCAGCUGCGCCUGCACAACUGCUCCCUGCGCGGGGAGCUGCCCGGCAGCUGGGGCGGCCCGGGCGCGCUGGACAGCCUGUCGCUGCUCACGCUGCAGGGCAACCAGCUGUCUGGCUCCAUCCCUGCCACCUGGGCCCAGCGCGCGGCGUUCGGCAACCCGGAGCUGGUGGUGGUGGUGCGGCCGGGCAAUGAGGGGCUGUGUGGCUCCUCACCCGAGGGCGUCACGCUGGUGUCAGCCGAGAACAGCACUGCCGUGGGCGUCGGCCCCGGCGCCACCUCCGCCACAGACGGCUUUGGCAGCCUGCCGACGCUGCUGGCCGCUGGAGACGUGCCGCACGCGAUGUUCUACACCUUUGCCGCGGGAGCUGGCAGUGCAGAUGGACCCAGUACUGACAGCGGUGGCGGUGAUAGCAGUGGCCGCGGCACCAGCGGCGGUAGCAGUGCCGGCCAGGGCGGCCCCGGAGAGAGCACUGGAGGGCAGCAGAGCGGCCGUGGGCGCACUAGCCGUGGAGGCGGUGGUACCGGCAGUAGCAGCCGUGGUGGCUCUUCCAGCGGCGGCAAUGACCUGAAUACGGUGCAGCUGCCAAACUGCAGCUAAGCGGGCGGCUGGCGCUGACCCCUGGCGCUUGUAAGUGAGCUCGGUAUGCGCACGGGCGAGCUCAGGCUGUGUGUGUAGGGUGACAUGCAUUUCGUGCAUUGUGCAUGCGCGCAGCCUGCAUGCACUAACACAUUGGCGGUAGGGGUGCGGCGAUGUGCACAGGACACCGGACACGUCGGGUUGGUGGAGUUGCUACGUUGCAGAUGACAGGUUGCAAGAGACCGCACAAUGCGUCCAGGGGAUUACUCGUCGGUAGGCCGUGCGUGUGCGCGACAGUGUCUGCGGUGGCAACCCUGAGGGGCUACGCGCCAGUUGCGACAGGCUGCGAGCCCAUUACGGCGCCAGGAUGUGGCCGCAAAAGAGCGCGGCGGCUGGACGGGCCAGCGGCUGGAGAUCGGAACUUGUUCGAGUGUUGACUGUUAACGGUAGCCCAAAACAA